GUGGACGUCACAGCAGAGUUUUAACAUUCAUCAUCUUAUCAUUUACAAGGAGAAAGGGCUGACUUUUACGCACGUCGUCACGGAAUAAAUAGCGUUUUGUGGAUUAAUAACAACCGGCUGAACUUUUUUUUUUGUUUAACUGUUAACUUCCACUUUCUCCAAGGUUUUCACGUCCUAUUUUGCGUGGCUGCUUUUUCUCUCAGGACUGAUUUUUUUUGUUGCUAUUUUUCGCAGAUGCUGUGAGUGAAUUCAGGACUUUAAAGUAUCAAGAAGCAAGAAAGUCCAGAUUUAUGAUUUGGGGGAUGGCUACAGCCACCUCCAGUCCGUACCUCGCCAGCAGCAGGAUUCUAUCCGGCCCAGUCCCGCACUCUGACCGGAGAGUCGGCGGCAUGCAGCCGACCAACGCGGCGGUGACCUCGGUGUCUUCCAGCGCGUUCAGGGGGGACCCCUCGGUCAAGAUGGUGCAGAGUGACUUCAUGCCAGGGGCCACCAUGGUGUCCAGCAACGGGGGUCACAUGCUGAGCCAUGCCCACCAAUGGGUCACGUCGCUGCCGCACGCCGCAGCCGCGGCAGCUGCUGCCGCGGCUGCGGCGGCGGCUGCAGCCGAGGUUGGUGCGUCUUGGCCGGCCAGCUCUCAGUCCCAGGACGUGAAGAGAGGCGCGGGGGCGGGGAGAGAAGACCUGCACUCGGCUGCUUUGCACCACAGGGGCCCUCAUUUGGGGAGCCAUCAAGCGCAUCCUGGAAGCUGGGGGGCAGCAAUCAGCAUCAGUGAGGGUCCACAGCAGCAGCAGCAGCAGCACCAUCAGCACCACCAGCAGCAGCAGCAGAACCUGGUUUACUCCCAGUCUGCUGCCUUCACGGUCAACGGGAUGCUCAGCACCCAGAGCCUCAUGCACCCCGGUGCGCUCAUGCGUGGGGAUUCCCCAGAGCUGGAGCACCCUCAUCACCACCACCACCACCACCACCCACAUACCCAUCAUCCCCAUGCCCACCAGCAUCAGCACCAGCAGCAUCACCACCAAGAGGCGCACUCGGACGAGGACACGCCGACCUCGGACGACUUGGAGCAUUUCGCCAAGCAGUUCAAGCAGCGCCGCAUCAAGCUGGGCUUCACCCAGGCGGACGUGGGCCUGGCCCUGGGCACCCUCUACGGCAACGUCUUCUCGCAGACCACCAUCUGCAGGUUCGAGGCGCUGCAGCUGAGCUUCAAGAACAUGUGCAAGCUGAAGCCGCUGCUCAACAAGUGGCUGGAGGAGGCCGACUCCAGCACCGGCAGCCCGGCCAGCAUCGACAAGAUCGCCACGCAGGGCCGCAAGAGGAAGAAGCGCACGUCCAUCGAGGUGAGCGUCAAGGGCGCGCUGGAGAGCCACUUUCUCAAGUGCCCCAAGCCGUCCGCGCAGGAGAUCAACGGCCUGGCGGACACGCUGCAGCUGGAGAAGGAGGUGGUGCGCGUCUGGUUCUGCAACCGCCGGCAGAAGGAGAAGCGCAUGACGCCGCCGGGGCUCCCGCGCAGUCCGGACAACGCGUACUCGCAGGUGGGCAGCAUGGGCGCCGACACGCCGUCACCCUCCAUAGACUGCAAGAGGAUGUUCAGCGACACGUGAACGCACCACCGUGCAAACUUUCUCUUUUCCCCCCUCUUCGCCUCACUUUAGCUUUAGGUUGGUUACGAGCUCCUGCGUGUCCUGUGAUCCACUCUGGUGUGUAUGAGUGUGCACAAAAGGUCAAGUUUUAUGCAU